AUGGACCCCGCGGAGAACUACCGUGGCUUCAUCUGGAACCAGAGCGCCCUGGGUUUAAGUAUCCACAGCACCACAGACACGCUGGUGAUGGCGUUCUACCUCUUGCUGGUUGUGUGCGUCGGGCUGUGGAUGGGCAUUUCCAUUUAUUCUUCAAACAUUGGCAGCGGCCACUAUAUGGCCCUGGCUGGCACAGGCGCAGCUUCAGGAAUUGCUGUUGGGGCGCUUGAAUGGAACACUAUAUUUAUGCUCUUUGUUCUUGGCUGGAUAUUUGUGCCUAUCUAUAGCAAGGCUGAGGUGGUGACGUUGCCGGAAUAUCUGAAGAAGAGGUUUGGCAGCCUCCGGAUCCAGCUGUUCUUCACGGUUGUUUUCCUAAUAGUCUACAUCUUCAGCAGGAUCUCAAUGGAGAUUGGCUUUGGCGCCAUGUUCUUGAAAAUGGUUUGGGACAGCGAUAUUUACCAGACAAUGCUGACCGUGCUGACCAUCAUUGGUCUGUAUACUAUCACAGGCGGCCUGGCCACUGUGGUUUACGUUGAGACCCUACAAGCCGGUAUAAUGGUUUUGGGCUCAGCCUUGUUAAUGGGUUACGCCUUUUAUGAAGUGGGAGGGUAUCAGGAGCUGGUGAAUAAGUACCCAGAAGCCAUCCCAAGAAGGAUCCAGGAGGCGAACUGGACGGCCAAGCCCGAGUGCUACACACCCCGUCAGGACGCUUUCCAUAUUUUCCGAAACUGUGUCUCUGGAGACAUCCCUUGGCCGGGACUCAUCUUAGGUGCCACUACUGUGUCUCUGUUCUAUGGGUGUGCCGAUCAGGUUUCUGUCCAGCGGUUCCUGGCAGGAAAGAGCAGGCUUCACAUGGAGGGUGGCUGCCUCCUGUGCGGCUAUCUGAGGCUGCUCCCCAUGUUCCUCAUGGUGAUGCCAGGGAUGAUCAGCCGCAUCUUGUUCCCAGACAAAGUGGCGUGCGUCGUGCCCUCAGAAUGCCAGAAGUUCUGUGGCCGAGGAACCGGUUGUAGUGCCCUGGCCUACCCAGUGCUGGUCUUAGGAGUGGCGCCUCCCGGCCUGAAAGGCUUCAUGCUGUCCACAGUGUGCGCCUCCCUCAUGUCUUCCUUGACGUCCAUUUUCAACAGUUCCAGCGCCCUGUUCACGCUGAACAUUUACACCUGGAUUCGGCCUGCCGCCACCGAGAAGGAACUCAUGAUAUCUGGCAGGUUUUUUGUUAUAAUCUUGCUCGCUGUCACCAUUGUCUGGAUCCCCAUUAUAGAAAUGGCGCCCAACGAGAUACUGUUUGAGUAUAUGCAGGUUCUUAAGAGCUGUCUGACCCCAAGUGUGACUGCCGUGUUUCUGCUGGCCGUCUUUUGCAAGAGGGUGAACGAGCCGGGUGCCUUCUGGGGCUUGAUUGCGGGAAGCGCCAUUGGUGUCUUUCGACUGCUGGCCGAGUUUUACUACGGACCCGUGACCUGCGGGGUAGACCGCCAGUGUCCCGUCUUCAUCUGCGGCCUCCAUUACCUCUAUUUUGGCUUUUGCCUUUUCUUGAUCACCAUUCUGAUCAUACUGGCCAUCUCCUUAGCCACGGAACCGAUUCCUGAUCACUAUCUCCACGGUCUCUGCUGGAGUUUGCGUAACAGCCGACAGAGGAGACUAGCUUUAGAUAAAGAGAUGAGGUGGAAGACCUUCCCCAGUUUCACAUCCCAGCCAGGUAUGUUUGGGGAGGCCCACACCUGCCUCUGGAAGUUCUGGGACUUGUUCUGUGGUCUCGACACACAGCCAAAGUCUAAGACAGGCCCUGAGAUCACCACCGAGGAGGAGUUAGAGGAAACCUGGAAGCAGGUGGUAUCCAUGGACAGGUCAACGGCCUUAGGGAUUCUGGCCAGGAGAAUGGCGGCCAGAAAGAGCGAGGAGCACAUGGACAAGAUGAAAGACUGGAGCGAAGACCUGGACAGCCCCUUCUGGAGGAGAGUCGUGCAGGCCAGCGCGGUGCUUCUCUUCCUGCUCCUCAUUACUGCCCACAUCUAUUUUGCCUGA